CCUAUCACUUGAACACUACCAUUCAGCUGUACUUCACAACAUGACAUCGGACAAGAUCAAGAAAAGAUAAGACACCGAGAUUCAUGCCGAUCAAGGUAUAAAGGAGCACCUUUCGGCAGUGAUCGGCACAGAGUAAACUGUCUCCGACAUCAUGAAGGUCCUCAUCGUUCUCGCCGCCUGCGUGGUGGCCGCCAUGGCCGCCAUCCCCUCCGACAUGGAGAUCCAGGCCCACUGGGAGAGCUUCAAGGCCACCCACGCCAAGACCUACGCCAACGCGGUCGAGGAGGCCUACAGGGCCAAGGUGUUCAAGGAAAACGCCAUCAGGAUCGCCAAGCACAACGACCGCUUCGCCAGCGGCGAGGUCACCUUCAAGGUCGGCUACAACCAGUACGCUGACAUGCACACCCACGAGGUCACCGAGAAGCUGAACGGUUACCGCAGCGGCCUGAAGCAGGCCAGCGCUUUCGUCCACACCGCCUCCAACGUCUCCUGGCCCUGGAGCAAGAAGGUCGACUGGAGGUCCAAGGGCGCCGUCACCCCCAUCAAGGACCAGGGCCAGUGCGGCUCCUGCUGGUCUUUCUCCGCCACCGGCUCCCUCGAGGGUCAGCUCUUCCUGAAGAACAAGAACCUGGUCUCCCUCAGUGAGCAGAACCUGGUCGACUGCUCCUGGGACUUCGGUAACCAGGGUUGCAACGGUGGUCUGAUGGACUCCGCUUUCGCGUACAUCAAGAGCAACGGCGGUAUCGACACCGAGGAGAGCUACCCCUACACCGCUGAGGACGGUGGCUCUUGCCUCUACAAGGCUGAGAACAACGCUGGUGUCAACACUGGUUACAAGGACGUCCAGUCUGAGAGCGAGAGCGCCCUCCGUGACGCCGUCGAGAAGGUUGGCCCCGUGUCUGUCGCCAUCGACGCCAGCAACUGGAGCUUCCAGAUGUACACCAGCGGUAUCUACUACGAGCCUGCCUGCUCCUCCUACUCCCUGGACCACGGUGUGCUCGCCGUCGGCUACGGCAGCGAGUGGCCCAACAAGGAGUUCUGGAUCGUCAAGAACUCAUGGGGCACUUCCUGGGGUGAGGAAGGUUACAUCAAGAUGGCUCGCAACAAGAAGAACAACUGUGGUAUCGCCACCGAGGCUAGCUACCCCCUUGUCUAAGUUUGCAGUGCACCGGUACUGACGAUUGUACUCAGUAUUCGACAAUAAAUACCAUCAACCACUGAAA